AAAGAAACAAGUGAAAAGGGGCGAACGGAUCGAGAAAUUGGUGGAAGAAGCCUGAUGAGAUGGGGUUGUUUCACAGCCAAAGGAGUUAGAUACCUGACCAGGAUCGAUGGUGGUCUCAGUGCUGAGCUGUAUGUGAGUCUCCUACAAGACGAGUUACUUCCUACACUCGAGUACUAUGGAUAUUGGAGAAGAAAUGGUUCUGUGACAAUGGAGUAGAGGAGCUGGAUCAGCACCUACAGUCCCUGGACCUCAACCUGAUCGAACACUUAUGGGUAGAGCUGAAGAAAAAGCUGUUUUCAUAUCCAAGUGAGGCGACCAGUAUGACCGACACUGGGAACGUGUAGAAGAGCGGUCGUUAUGUGCCGCUCUGGGUCCUGGCGCUGUCGUCGUGUACUGGCUAUGCCCGUGGUUGCCGCCACCUGCUGUAUCAUCUGGUGGAGAGCUUUAUGUUGCCGAAGCCAACGUUAUACGCACGCGGUAUGUCAAUAUUUCCCGGAUGCUGCGCUGUUUCAUCGAGUAGCCAAUCGCACGUGGCGAUGGACAGAAAACACUGCCGAUACAGGUGUCUCCUCGCCUCACAGUAAUCCAAUUUUUUUUAAACUCUAUUUACAAAAUGUUCUGCAAUCGCCAAAGGCACCUUUGUGGGCUCGGACCACCUCAACCUAGGGGCACUACACUGCUAUAUAAACAUGGCGCCCUCCACAGUCUCCUCAGGUGACUGACAGGCUCCCGCCACAUCUACACAGCCCUCUUCACACGGCGGAGGCGUCACCCACUGCAGCCAAUCAGAUCACUGCUCUCACGGCCUCGGCUGCAGGGCAGAAGUAAAAGCCGGCCUCUGAUUGGCUACGUCUCUAUGAGGAGCGGGUGCUGCGCCCGGGACCGAGAACCUCUGUCCUGAGGCCGUACCCGGCGGCCUGUGUAAUAUCGCGCCUUGUGUUCGUUAUAUUCCGCGUCGUACACAGCGGCCGCCCCGCCCUUCCUCCUCCCGGCAUGCUUUGCGCGGGGCCGCCCAGCCUCCGGUUCCGGUGGGGGGAGGAGGAAGAAGCCGCCGCUGACACCGGUCGACCGGCCCGGGAGGAUGCGGGCCUCCAUGUGAAUUAUGAACAUUGGAAAUGGCAGCAUCGAUGGUUUUCUUAAAUGUGGCCACACGAGUGUCCUGCAGUGUCCCUCCAGGGGUCUGCCAGGAAUAGGGGAAGCUGAGCUGCCCUCCUCCACCGCACGGACAGACGGGGGUGCAGCUUUAUCAGGACGCGAGGAGAUGAUGUCACAAGAUGAGCUGAUGGUACAGGAGGAGACUGUGAAAAAUGACGAGGACGUGGACUCCCAGGAGAGGUUGCUGCCCCCAGGAUUCCAGUACACGGUUCAGGUGAAACAAGAGAUCAAAUUCACAGAGGAAAUGCAGACCGAGAACAAGCAGCUCCCAGAGCCGUUCGACCUUCAGAAGAAGAAAAAAAGGAAGCAGAGAUCCCCAGCCAAGAUCCUCACCAUUAAUGAGGACGGCUCGCUGGGUCUGAAGAUCCCCAAGUGUCAUGUGUGCGAGCACUGCAACGCGGCCUUCAGAACCAACUAUCACCUGCAGAGACACGUCUUCAUCCACACAGGAGAGAAGCCGUUUCAGUGCAGUCAGUGCGAUAUGCGCUUCAUUCAGAAGUAUCUGCUGCAGAGACACGAGAAGAUCCACACGGGAGAAAAGCCUUUCCAUUGUGAUGAGUGCGGAAUGCGCUUUAUUCAGAAAUACCACAUGGAAAGACACAAGAGGACGCACAGUGGAGAGAAGCCGUACCAGUGCGAAUACUGCCUGCAGUACUUCUCCAGGACCGAUCGUGUACUGAAACACAAGCGCAUGUGCCAUGAGAACCGAGAGAGAAAAUCAGGGAAAAGCUCCAGCAAAUCCCCCCUCUUACUCCCCGACGGCGACAUCUGCUUCACUGCUGUGAGUAAAGAUGGAGCUUUACCCAAGAAGAAGCAGAGGGUGGAUAAGAUGAAGGUCUUAGGAAUGAUUGAGAAGGAGAACCCUAUGGAGAAAGUGGAGCAAAAGAAGGAGAAGAGCGACUUCCUGCCCCUCUUCCCCGACAGCACCAAAGUGAAGGAUGAGUUCAUGGUGGCAGAGUAUGCGGUGGAGCUGCCGCACCCCUCCGUCAGUGACUUGCACUUACAGGAACCUGUGUCUGAGGUCAGUCCUCCAAAGCUGCUGAUUAAGAAAGUAAACAGCAAGAAGAGCAUGAAGCAUGCGCUGGAGCAGGGCCCGGCCCUGGCAGCCCUGUCCACUUUUGAUGAUGGCAAAGUGGCAAAGUACACGUUUGAACUUGUGGAUAAGCAGGCGCUGCUGGACUCGGGAAGCAAUUCCGACAUGGAUCACAACGAUCCUCUCCAGGAAGGAAGCACCAAACCAGCCAAUAGCAGCGUCAGCUAUGACGAGGCCAUGCAGUUCUCCAAGAAAAAGCGCUAUCUGCUGGCCGCCAGCACAAAUAACAGCAGGGAGUACGCUCUGAAUGUGGGCACCAUGGCCUCUCAGCCAUCUGCCACUCAGGCAGCAGUGGCCAGUGUCAUAGAUGAAAGCGGCACGGCUGCCCUUCUAGAUCCGCAGGCAUUGAGUGUGGACCUUAAAACAAACCACGAUAAGAAUGUGAUUCCAGACGAGGUGUUACAGACGCUGCUGGACCACUACUCGCACAAAGCCAACGGCCAGCAUGAGAUCUCUUUCAGUGUAGGAGAUACUGAGGUCACUUCCAGUAUUUCCAUAAACUCUUCCGAGGUGGGGGAAUCCAGCCAGCCAGAGACUUUGGGGGUGUCCGCCCAGGUCCCACAGUCUGACAAGGCCAGCAUGUUGCAGGAGUAUUCUAAAUUUUUGCAACAGGCGUUGGAACGGACUAGCCAGAACGAUGCCUAUCUGAGCAACACAAGCCUUAACUUUGUCACUGACAGCCAGGGUCUCCCCAGCACAACCACCUUCCCCCCACUGGACAAACACAUCUAUGCCACACUACCCAUCAGCACUUUCCGAGCGGGUCUGAGCGCCCCCCUCAGAGUGUCCCCCGACAAAUCUCACUUCGGCCUCAUUGUGACUGACUCCCAGAGCGCCUUCAGCUUUACGGCGGAUGAUGGUAGUCACACCUCCCCCGCGUCCUCCUCUUCGACACAGGAUUUUAUAGAGCAAGUGACUGGACAGAAGAAGACUGAAUCUCAGGCUGUCCACCAGUCGUACCAGCUGAAUGCUUUUGAGCCUUCCUUCAGGGCACAGUACCAGGGCAGUCGGCCCGGGAUAUCUCCCCAAUUCAGUGCUGCAAAUGGACAGGUUACCCUCCGGCAGCCGGCCACCAGCAACGAUUUUACUGACUUUUCCCUGGUAAAUGUUAAUGAGAGCAGGACCUAGAUGGCUUCUCCCCCUGACCCCGCCACCAGCCAGACCUUUGGCUACUUGUCAGCGGAGGGGGUCGGUGCAUAUUGCCUUUCCAGCAGCCGCCUGACCGGAGCGUACAACCCUGGGAGUCGCUGAGCGGGCUGUUCUGCCGGUCUUGUGUGAUGCAGGAGGCUGGCGCUUGGCUUCCUUCUCUCCCCGUUCUGUAUCCGGAUAUGGGGGGUCUGGAAUUCUGGGAUAAGAAAAGCAAUCAGCACCUUACGGCAUCUGUGCUCGGGGACCUGAUUGCCACAGGGUUUGGUCUCUGCCGAGCUCAACCCUUAGAGGGACACUGGAGAUGCUGAUUUUAUUACCCCAAAAAGGUGAAAAAUUCGAUAUAUGGCACUUUAACGAGAGCAUUUCAAGUUGUGGUUAGGAGGGAGAUCUCACGGGAUUAUGGGAAGUUCUGUCGGGCGGCAGAUUAUUUCCUCGGCUCUGUGGUUGUUGCCGGUAUCCGCAGUGCAUUGCUCUGAGACUGUUGGUGCAAUGCUCUGCAGACACUGGCCAUCAGUUCUCUCCGCUCUGCACGUACUCAGUGCAGUGUCUGACAUGGUGAGAGGAGAAGCACUUACCUUUCAUUUACUUAUCUUUUGUUCUGGCUUUUUUCCUGUGCACUUAUGUAGGAUAAUGGUUGUGUGUGACACAUGGCGCCGUCGUCCCUGUCGUCCGUGCAGACAGACAUGGCAUACAUAUCUAUACGUACAGCUGUCUGUGGCGUCUGCUCUGUGACAACCAUGGCUGACAUUGGGUCACAAUGAAUUUUGUCUUUUUAUAAAUGAUUAUGCAAUGCUGCAUACCCGCUGCCCCCGUAGAGUUCAGGCCCCAGCAGCACCUUUUAUAUGUUUUUAGCCUUUUUUUUUUUUUUUGCCGCCUGCGAUGUCUUAAUGUUAGUGGCGGGAAUAAGUAGCACUUAGCAAAAGAAGAGAAAAAAGUUUUGGUUUUCCAGCUUUUACUGGUUACACUGGUAGUUUAUUCAUGGAUGGGCAGUCAAACAUGUGCCCCCCGGGCCUAGGAAGGUAGCUUUAAAUCAGACCAGCACGUAUGUGAGAUCGCCAGCGAACGACGUGCGGCUGAUCAGGCCCAUACAGACCCCAAAAUAACGAGUCGUACAUAUGCCCCAACAUGGCCGGAAGGGUUGAGAUCCUCGCUCUGAACAGGCGGCAUUAAGGAGCUCCACAGUCCAGUCCAUAGGGGGCGGUGUUAGGGCUGAUUCACUUGACCGCGCUCAGUCUGGGAAACACGCCCCGCGUGUCAGCUGCAUCUCCCGGACCGACCGCGGCUCUGCUGACCCGAACUGAGUCAGAUCCUAGGGGAACACCGGUUUGUCCUGUGGAUUAGGCCUCAUCCGCACGUCCGUAUGUUUGUUCUGCAUUUUUUGCGGAUUGGAUGCGGACACAUUCAUUUCAGUAGGGCCACAAAAGAUGAGGCCAGAACGCUGCGUGCUGUCCACAUCCGUAAGUCAGUUCCGUGGCCCUGCAAAAAAGACCGUCUCCUGGUGUUUUUGCUAUCGCAGUAUCCCAGGGGUGUUUGCUGUGAGGGUGCUGGCAGCGCAGUUACUGCAUUCACACAGCCGUGGUGCCGCCAUCAGCGAUGGUCAGUUUGCAGUGUUCGCCAGCGAACACAUGUCGGCUGCCAUCUUUAGUAAGGUAGACUCACCCGUCCGCGAU